CAUUUAUUUAAAUAGGAUUUCCUUGUUCAUUUCAUAGACUACUGCUCUCCCUCCAGAGAGAUUGGGAAAAAAAACCAUCUCUUCGUGGAGAUGGAAAAUCGAUUCAGGCUACGAAUCUCUCGCAUGUUUCGAUCCUCGUUUGGCUCCUGCCGGACCCGGACCGUCUCCGACGUUGCGGAAAAAGUUGUUUUCUCACUUGAAAACCACAACAGGUUCCGGUGCAUGGAGCCAUCGUCGACGUCGCCACCUAAGGUUCGACCCUUACCUUCCAUUUGCAAACCCAGAUACCCUGAAUCUCAUCAACCAACCCAAGGCACAAGGCGUAAAGUGUCUGCUUGUUACCCUCCUUUUCUUCUCUCUGCCACUGAUUUUGAUGGCCUCAAGUGUCCUCCCGCUUCCCCUAUAUCGCCUUUGAACCUCUUCUCAAACUGUGAAGACUUCGGUUUCUAUGAGAAAAAGAAGAGCUUAGCCAGAAAGAAGAAGAAUAACAAAAGGGUUCACGUUAAAUGCAAGAAUAUGUCGUCCAAUUCCACAUUUUUCAGCUCAUCUUCUCAUGAAAGUGUUACUUACAGCAGCAAUUAUGGUGGAUGUGGGUGGUGGUUUAGCAGUGAAGAUGAAACCGAAACUCUUUUCUCUUCAAGAACUCUAUCCUUGGAUUCAACGGAAUCAAUCCGGCAACAUUCUAAUUACCGGAGAAAGUACAACACUCGUCGGAGAAGAGCUAAGAGCUGUAGCUGUAACAUUGGGGUUUUACCUUUGGAAGGAAGGAAUACAGUAAAAGACAGCUUUGCAGUGGUGAAAAGUUCCGAUGAUCCCUACAAUGAUUUCAAGGCAUCAAUGGUGGAGAUGAUCGUCGAGAGACAGAUAUUUGCAGAUCAAGACCUGGAACAACUGUUGCAGUGUUUCUUGUCAUUGAACUCUCAUCACCAUCAUAGGAUUAUUAUUGAGGUCUUUACAGAGAUUUGUAAGACCUUGUUCUCUAACUGGUCUUAAAAUGUAGAACAAGAAGCACAAGCAAACUGUUGUCUUUGUUUGCUCUUUAUUUUACUGCAUGUUCUUAGGAAAGUUAGCAGCAGUAGCAAUAGUUUUCAAUUCGAUUUUAGAGUUCUAACCCUUAAUUAACGUUGUUAAUAAGAUAAGCUUUCAUCCAUA